AUGGCGGCAAAUGAUGCAAAAAUCAAGAACAAACAACAAGACAAGUUGAGCAGCAAAGUUUCAGUCGUCUUUGCCCAAAAGAACACUCCCCGUCCUGAAAUUAAACAUGGUGGUUUAUUUGACAUCGACGUCAAUGACGCAGGCCUAGUGAAGGCGCUGAAUGCGGUCAAGGGCAGUUUUGGAAAGAAGCUAAACAGCUCCUCGGUUUUCGAAGUCAGCAAAGUCAACUCGGCCCGGGCGCAGAUGGUGGCCGGUAUCAACUACGAGGUGAACCUGACGCUGACACAGAAAGACUGCUACGCUAAAGGUUUCGGAGACAAAAGUAGCGCCAGCUGCACUAGCAAGAACUUGCUUUGUCAGGCGUUCAUCUGGGCCAAGCUUGACGCCACCUAUAAGCUGAGGUCGAUGGACUUCGUCUUUGCCCAAAAGAACACUCCCCGUCCUAAUCUAGAUAAUGGUGGCUUCCACGACAUCGACGUCAAUGACCCAGACCUACUGAAGGCGCUGAACGCGGUCAAGGACAGCUUUGGAAAGAAGCUAAACAGUACCUCUACUUUUAAAGUCAGCAAAGUCAACUCGGCCCGGUCGCAGAUUGUGGCCGGCAUCAACUACGAGGUGAAGCUGACGUUGACGCAAAAAACCUGCUACUAUUUAGGUGUUGGAUUCAACAGUGGCCCAAGCUGCACCAGCCAAGACCGUCUCUGUCAGGCGACCAUCUGGGCCAAGGUUGACGCCACCUAUGAGCUGACUUCGAUAGACUGCAAAUGA